UACGAUCUUGGCUUGUCACGUCAUGUACCAGUCAACGUUCGCCUUCGGACACCGUUCUCUUUCCAAGUUUCUAUUUUCAAACCCGAUGCGACCGGCUCAGCUCACAGUUAUCCAAAUGUUUAAGCUCGAAGGAGGUCGAAUUCAUUGAUUUUCCGCAUUGACUUUUAUUUUUAAAUCAAAAUCCAAGUUUCUUCGUUUAAUCGUUCUAUUUAAUCUCGAUGGAAGACGUGGAUUUGAAACUAGAUGAUCGCGAAUUUAUCCACCGGUUCAUCAUCCUCCAGCUCCGCUUUUCUGUUCAACAUCUGUUAGUCCUCAAAGAACUUCGAAAAGCUCAACUUUCGUUCAAAUUCUCGCCAUCAGACUUUAAUGGCAAUGUCGUAGCUGAGCGAAAAUCAAAAUAAAGCCAGAGUGAGGAUAACAAAAGCGAAUGUUUAAAACUUUAAGUCAUGCAUAUUACUCUUCCUCUUUUUUUAAUAAAUGAGAGGUCUGACGUUUGGGUGACUCACUGCAUAGAUGGAUGAACCACUCAGAGUUGAAUAGAUAACGAGGUGAUUUUGUGAAUUUUGAAUCGAAUAAAAUAAAUAUAUAAAUAACCAAGGUGGUUUGUUGUUCAUCGAAUCAACGCACCUCAACCCCUCACUUCUCACUCGCGCAAGCUGACCGCCAGGUGAAUCUAUGACUCAAACCACAUUGACUCGAUGGAGGGAAAUUCAGGAUCUCCGGAUGAAAUGGCAAUGAAGUAAAAAGGAAUAUCUGCGUUAACCAACAUCGACUUCAAUUUUGGACGGGCAGGUGCUAGCAACCACUUCUUCCAUGAUGAAGGGCCUGGGAUUAGUGUUGAUGAUUAACCUGAUGAAGGUUUGCCUGAACAAUGGAUUCCAGAGUAAUCAUGGUAAUACACCACACGCACAAACGUGUGUGUCUGAUUGUGAGACAAACAUCCAGAACGCCAGACUGUCAUGUGAGGGUCAGAUGCUGCAGUGCGUACCCGACCCAUGCUGCCAAACAGAAACGAGGCACCUUAACAUGGCCAACAACCAUCUAACCCAUAUCAAGAUUCUUGCCUUCCAGAGCUUCCCAAGACUCCGAAUCCUGGAUCUGCGACAGAACGCUUUGGCUAACAUAGCACCGGGUGCUUUCAGCAACCUGAACCAACUGCAAUUGCUUGACGUACGUGCGAACAAACUGCGUCACCUCUAUGGUGGUAUGUUCAACGGUCUCUCCUCCAUCCAGAAGUUGUACCUCGCCAACAACGAGAUCGAGUCCAUAGCCCCUGGAACUUUUGCAGGCAUGACACAUCUCAUCAGCCUGAAACUGAACUACAACAAAGUGACAACUCUGUACGCCAAUAUGUUUUUCCCGCUGCAGAGAUUACAGCGUUUGUACAUCUACGGGAAUCGAAUAUCGGCCGUCAACGAAGAAGCCUUCCGCGGUUUGGUAAAUCUAGUGACACUGUCUCUCGCGGAAAAUCCUUUCGUGACCCUUCCAAAUAUCUUACCAUACAUACCACAGAUCACUCAUAUUCGGCUAGAACAUGUUCGUCUCACCUGUGAUUGUCGACUAGAGUUCCUUCGGAUGUGGCUCAGAGACAACCUUUAUGAGGCCUAUGAGAGUUAUGCCUUAUGUCAUGGACCAGAACAUGUCCAAGGUACCCCAAUGUAUCAUAUUCAAGAGCCUCUGCCAUGUCCCACCAGAGACCGAAACCUUCCCAUCAGUCGGGAAGAUAAUGACCCAUCCCAUGUAGCCGAUCCCGAUGAAGCGGCGAGUCACACUUCUGCUCAACUUGAAAUACAUUCGGAAUCAGCAUCUGAAUAUAGUGAAUUUUUCGCUUCGUUUUCGGAACUGUCACACGGAUCCGUUUCUAAGACAAGUGUGACGUCAACUGAAGGAGGCAUAAGCGAGAGCGUACACGGGAGUGGUACAGUGAGAGCUGAUUCAGGUGCUUCCUCCACAGUAUCCAAAACACAUAUCCCUAUUGAACCAUUAACGCCUAGAGGAACACUAUCGCCAGUUGUUACAACUGAAUCACAUAUCGUAGCAAGUGAAGCAAGGAGUGAAGAUGGGUUUACGCAUUUCACACCACCAACAAUGACCGAGUCCUCUCACAAAAACACAUCCAGAGGUAAUGUUCCAGAUAGUCCGAUCGUAAAUGAAACUGAUAGCAGUUCAAGGGUUAAUGGAAGUUUCAACGAACUUCCACGUCCUACACAUCGGGCGGGCAGUAGGAAUCAUCCAGAUAGGAAUAACGGACAUCAACAUGGUCAUCGAGAUGAUUCUGUUACUACAACGGUUUCGUACGAGACCACAGAUCCGUACAGAUCCACCCCGACACCAGCGGAAAUACCUCGAGGACCUCCUCAAUCAUGGGGUCUGAAAGGAUCCUCUGUGACAAUUCGCUGUCCAGUCCAUAUCCAUAACAUGAAUGACUCCAAGAUUAAGUGGCUUACGCCUCAUGGCAAGCUGAUUAUGUCGAAUGUAUCUCGCUAUGGUAUCACAAAGAGAGGGUCGUUGAUUAUCAAUAAUCUGCAGGCGUAUGACCACGGGACCUACCGAUGCAUCGUCCGCAAGGCGCUUAACAGUGUAAAAAUGUUACCGGCCAGGUUGACUCUUGUAUGCCCGUGUCAGGAAGAGGCACCGAAGAAACCGUCAUUUGAACCCAGUGUCAAUUCCUCCAAAGAGAAUCACUUUGGACAAGAUGCGGAUCCUCAUCAUGAACACUCCCACCCUCCAUAUGAUACCAGAUGCAGCCCUGUACCAAUGGUAGUUGCAAUCGUGACAACCUUCCAAGCCACUGUAGCCCUUUGCGUAAUCACAUUCUGCCUCUGCUGCUCCAAGAAUCUCAACUAUUCCCUGAAAGACCGGACCUGUACCGGCGUCCCCGAACCCAUUGCGGUAGUUCGCACUCGCGGAAAGUUUAACACAAGAUCUCGCGAUUUCGUACAGUCCGGCGAACCCACCUCGUCAUCUGUUCUGAGUUCGGGUGGAUCCGACUUCUACGAAGCACUCACCGAUCACGGGUUUUCCCCAAGGCAAGCGUCUUCAGUACGAUCUUACGAUGCGUAUUACGAGUCGCAUCCUGGAUCGGAGUACGUGAACUAUCGAAAGCCCAAGAACUACAUGUACAUGGUGGGGUAUAUGGACACCGGGUCUGGUCGCAGAGCCGUAGGGUACAGGUCCUCCACGGAAUCUCAGUGUGCCUCAAUCAAGGAAAUAACCAAUGAGAAUAUAUAUGUCAGCAAAGAUUGAUUCGAACUAUGCAAGAAUCCAAUCUAACAGACUGAGCGGUCAGAUUUAUUGCUGUUAAUAUGCAGGGUUUGAUGUUUUUAAAAAUGUAACAUGAAUAUUUAAUUGAAUGUUACUCGAUACGUUGUUGAAGUGAUGUAGUAAUUCUUCGACAAUUUGUCGUGAUAAUGAUCAGUCACACCUGGAAUUUCUUGCCAAAAAAGGGCACGAAAUUGUCUGCAAAUUUUCUUUGAAAAAGGGUUACGUCUAUAUCUUUCCAGUCAAACGUUUUCAGGUCAUCAAAAUUCUUUCAAGUGACAAGCUUCCACCCCCCAUCUUAUAUGUGCUACUAAUGUCAAUACAAUCAUCAAUUAGUGAAUAAUUUUAUUUCUUGAAAAAAAUUAUCCAGUAAGUCUUGCCCUUCACCUAAACAAUCAUCUCGAACCAUUAUUAUAU